GGCUACGUAAGUUCAAGAGGUAAGAGGGAAGUUGUGUUUGUAUUGCGAAUUGUGUGUGAAAGUUUAGUUGUUUGUCAGUGUAUUUACAACCUUAGAAUGUUUGUUCAGAUGGGUUGAAUUGCCGAGAGAGAGAGGAAAAAAACUUAAGUUUUUCUUAGAGUAAAUAAAUUCGGUGUAUUACAGGAUGGAGGCGUUAAUACCGGUGAUCAACAAACUGCAGGAUGUGUUCAGUACUAUUGGCGCCGACUCUAUACAGUUACCUCAAAUUAUAGUAGUCGGCACGCAGAGCUCGGGCAAGAGUUCAGUUAUUGAGGGUAUAGUUGGUCGUUCUUUUUUACCACGUGGUGUGGGCAUAGUCACCAGACGCCCUCUGGUACUGCAGCUCAUAUAUAGUCCUAAAGGAAGUACACGUCAUAGGUCAGCUGAAGAAGGCACACUCAACAUUGAAGAAUUUGGGAAGUUCCUUCAUAAAAAGAAUGAAAUAUUUACUGAUUUCAAUGAAAUACGCAAAGAGAUUGACAGAGAAACUGAAAAAGUAGCGGGAUCAAAUAAGGGCAUCAAUGCAAAUCCUAUCACUUUAAAAAUUCAUUCACCACAUGUUGUGAAUUUGACUCUUGUUGACCUACCUGGCCUUACAAAGGUACCUGUUGGUGACCAACCAGAAGACAUUGAAGUUCAGGUACGGGAGUUGGUCUUAAAAUAUAUAAGUAAUCCGAACUCAAUAAUAUUAGCAGUUGUUACUGCUAAUACUGAUAUGGCAACUAAUGAAAGUCUGAAACUGGCAAAGGAAUGUGACCCUGAUGGACGGAGAACUUUGGCUGUAGUAACUAAACUGGAUCUAAUGGAUGCAGGCACAGAUGCAAUUGACAUACUCUGUGGCAGAGUAAUCCCUGUAAAAUUGGGGAUCAUUGGUGUUGUUAACAGAUCCCAGCAGGAUAUAAUGGACAAUAAGUCAAUAGCAGAAUCGCUUAAAGAUGAAGCAACAUUUCUUCAGAGGAGGUACCCAACUUUAGCAAAUAGAAAUGGAACACCUUACCUUGCCAAGACACUUAACAGAAUGCUGAUGCAUCACAUACGUGACUGUUUACCUGAUCUGAAGACAAGAGUGAAUCUUAUGAUAUCACAGUUUCAAACAUUACUUACAUCAUUUGGUGAUGAUGUGUCAGACAAGAGCCAGACACUACUUCAGAUUAUUACAAAGUUUGCUUCAGCCUAUUGUGCUACUAUUGAAGGAACUGCGAGGCACAUAGAAACUAAUGAAUUAUGUGGUGGUGCUCGGAUGUGUUUCAUUUUCCACGAAACUUUUGGGAGAACUUUGGAUACAAUUCACCCAUUAACAGGCCUUAGUAAAAUGGAUAUAUUAACAGCAAUUCGUAAUGCAACAGGGCCUCGACCAGCAUUGUUUGUUCCAGAGGUUUGUAAAUGUAUAAUGGUGUUCCAGAUAUCAUUUGAACUUCUUGUGAAACGCCAAAUUCGACGCCUUGAAGAGCCUGCUCUUCGCUGUGUUGAAUUAGUCCAUGAAGAAAUGCAGAGAAUUAUCCAACACUGUGGUUCUGAAGUCCAGCAGGAACUAAUGCGCUUCCCUAGGCUUCAUGAAAAAAUCGUGGAUGUAGUAACUCAUUUGCUGAGACGAAGACUACCAGUCACGAAUCAGAUGGUAGAAAACCUGGUAGCAAUUGAACUUGCGUAUAUUAAUACGAGGCACCCAGAUUUUAAUAAAGAUGCAGCACUUGCGUCAUGCUUGUUCUCAACGCCACCAGCUGAAGAAGAUACACCAACACCAAAGCCUACAAAUCUAAAAUAUCCUGAAAAUAAUUUUCCUUACACACCAGUAGAACUGGAAGGGGCCAAGAACUCCUUUGGUGCCAAGUCAAAUGCUGAUGCCAGCGGGUGGCUAUCAAACUUGUUUCCUGCUGGUCGGAUGGACAAUAAAGAAAACCAAAGUAUUAGAGAUAAAUCUAUAGAACUUAAUUCUUCUGCUGUACCAAACCAUGUUUUUGAAGCAAAAGGUGUGCUUUCGCCUCAAAAGCCAGUAAAUUUGCUACCUGAAGUUCCUGUACAGACGAACAGGAAACUUUCAGAAAAAGAGAAAAGGGAUUGUGAUGUAAUAGAACGCCUCAUAAAAGUAUAUUUCUAUAUAGUACGUAAAUCAAUUCAGGAUACUGUACCAAAGGCUGUAAUGCAUUUUCUUGUAAAUUAUGUGAAAGAUAACCUCCAGUCUGAGCUGGUUGCACAUCUUUACAAAUCGGCACAGGCUGAGGAGCUGUUGAGUGAAGCGGAACAUGUUGCACAGCGUAGAAAAGAUGCAGCCGAUAUGUUAAAAGCUCUGCAAAAUGCAAGUAGCAUUAUUAGUGAGAUACGUGAAACCCAUGUGUGGUGAAGACUUAAUAGUGACUGGAAACAAUUGAUUGCGAGUUUCCAGAAAAAUCGCAGUUUGCCAGUAGUUUAAUUCAGAUACAUGGAAUGUAUAGCACUUUUGUGACCAUGUAGAUGACUGGGUUUGAAUGCAAAUCUGUUUUAAUUGUGUUUAUUGUUAUUUAUUUGAAUGAUACAUCUGUUUGCAUUUUUUACACAACAUAGAAUGUAGCAAUCAUUAUUAAAUGGUGAAAUUCACAAUUUUCGAAGUAUGUGUGUUAUUCAUGGUUCCUUGUGUACCUGAUUCAGACGUUUGCAGAUGAUUCGUAAACUUCGUGUAUGUAAUUAAUCUUUGUAUUACUAUGUUUACGCAAAAAAUAAGCUUGUUAUUUAAAUUUUAAAAAUCUUGACAUUUGUUAAUAACUGUAUGUAAUCACAUAGUUUGUAGGUGUUAAUAAUAACAUCAUUGCCUCUGUGAAGUGUUCGAUUUUUUUGUAUAGCUCAGUUAAGUUUAAAAUACAGAAAGUUUACUGUAUAUAUGAUGUUCAACUGGACCAAAUAUUUGGAAGAAAAAAAAUUCGUGAACAUUUGUUUUAUACUGCACUGUCAAUAAUUGAUAAUCAUGUGUUGUUUUGUGAUCUUUGUGGAGACAACAGUUCUCCUUUCAUGCCUUUAAAACGAAAAGCAUUUUUAGAUGUUUAAAUCUAUAUUACACUGAACUGCGUGUAUAGAAAGAGAUGCCAAUUCAGACACAUUAAUGUGGUGAUACAAGAACUUAUGCAAUAACAUUCAUUUAGAGUUAAUUGUUUGACCUGUCUUAUUUGUAGUUUAUCACAAUUGUAUUCACUGCAAAAAGUGAAUUACUGUCAAUUUUCAGUUCAGUUGAAAACAUGGUACUUAAUUGUUUGCCUGGCAGUUUAGAGCUUGAAGAAUAUUAAUUAAGAGUAUGUUUAGUUCUGUCAAGUUUUUCCUGAAAAGCUUGAUAUGCCAUUAUUAUUUGGAACUAGCAGAUUUUGCAUUACAUCAGUUGUGGAUAUAAUUGAAAGUUAAAAUGCAUUAAUAAACAAAUUGAAAUUGUUA